ACACCGACAAAGAAGAGGUAGGAGGACCGACUCAUAUGAAUCAUAUCCGGGUAACGAAAACAACCGCAGCUCCACCAGCUCCAGCUCCAGCUCCAGCAGCCGUUGUUCGCAGCUAGCGCCAUGGCGGCAGUGCGUAGCUUACGGGUGUCGGUGAAAUCAGACAGCGGCUCAGACCGCUCGGAAUCGGACUCUGACUCCGAGUCGGACAGAGAUGCCCGCGAAGCCGAGCCCAUGGAGGUGGAGGAGGGAGAGCUGGAGGCGGAGGACAUAUCCGUUAACCGUUCCCUGAAGGAGCUCCUGCCGGAUACCAGCCGGCGAUAUGAGAACAAGGCGGGAGCGUUCAUCACAGGGAUUGAUGUCAACUCAAAGGAGGCCAUUGAGAGGAAAGAGAAGCGAGCGAGACGUUUCCAUUUCUGCGGGGAGAAGAGCGUCGGUCAGAGGAAUGUCUUCCUGGAUAAAGACAUCAUGAAGAAAGCUAUCCCCAGGCUGCGUCUGGAGGCGAUAUACGUGACAGGCGUGGAUGACAUGAGCACACAGGAUGUGUUUGGGUAUUUUAAGGAGUAUCCUCCAGCACACAUCGAGUGGAUCGAUGACACAUCCUGUAACGUGGUUUGGCUCGAUGACAACACAUCCAUUCGAGCCCUCGUCAACAGCAGCCGGAUGCCCGACCCUGAGGCUGUUGCCACGGAGACGGAGAGCAGCAACCAGCCGGGCGAACAGAGCAAAGGUCAUCGGGGUCGAAGGUCGGACGACGAAGAGGAAGAGGAAGAGGAAGAGGGUGAGGUGGAUGAGGAGGAGACGGUGAAGAAGAGCAGCGAGAUCGAGGUGAAAGACAGCGACGGAGAGGCAGAGCAGAAAGAGAAGGUGGAAGGCGAUCAGAUGGACGACCUGUCGGGGGUGGAGAGAGAGUCUCUGCUGAGAAACGACCUGCGACCAGCUAUCAAACCUUUCAAGGGAAACAAACUCUUCCUGCGCUUCGCCACACAAGAUGAUAAGAAGGAGUUGGGUGCCGCUCGUCGUAGCAGAUACUACAUGAAGUAUGGAAACCCAAACUAUGGCGGCAUGAAGGGAAUCCUCAGCAACUCCUGGAAGAGGCGAUAUCACAACCGGAGGAUCCAGAGAGACGUCAUCAAGAGCAAGAAGCCUCUGAUUGGAGAUAGCAUGGGACACACACCUCCGUACACACACCGACACUCCGCUGACCUGGUCAACCUACCCGAGGAGCCCAUCAAGGAGGAAGAAGAAGAAGAAGAGGAGGAGGAGGAGGAGAACGGUGAUGAGGACAUGGACUCAGACGACAGGGUGGUGGAGUACAGAGAGCGAGCCGACCGCGAGAGAGAUGAAAGGGGUGGCGGCAGCAGCGGCGGAUCACGUCCACUGGGUGCCGGGCUUCGCAGCCGGGCGGAGCGCUCUCCGUCUCCUUGGUCGGAGUCGGACGAGAUGGACUACGACCUGGAGCUGAAGAUGAUCUCCACACCGUCACCAAAGAAGAGCAAGAAGAUGACGAUGUACGCAGACGAGUUGGACACGCACCUGAAGAGCAUCCGGAACAGGAUCGGAGGGUCGGGAUCACAGAGCAGACCAAAAUCCACGUCGCCCACCAAAGUGACGGACGUCCGGCAGCUGCUGGAGGAGAAGAGACAAGGACACUCUCAACAAAGACAGCCUCCUCCAGUGGCCGCUAGUGGAAAGACAGAUGUACGGCAGCGGUUGGGGAAAAGACGUUACUCUCCGGACAGAGGACGCUCCCCUUCCCCCGUUUCCCCCAGAGACACACCUCCAGCCAGAGAGCCAAUCCGAGACGUGCAUCGCAGACUGGGUGUGGCCAGCCAAGACAACAGAGGCCACUUCUCAAACUCAUCCAAAGACAGGAAGACAAGCGGCCUGUGGAGCAGACUCGGCUCCACUGAUGGCGACAGCAGCACCGGACGUCACGAGCACAGAUCGAGCAGCCGGUCGUCGGGCCUCUUCUCCUCUCCAUCGGGCAGGAAUGACGCCGGCAGCGACGCCGGCGGCAGCAGCAGCAGCAGGAGGAGACGAGGCAACGGUGAAGAGGAAGAGGAGGUGGAGGAAGAAGACGACUCGACGCUGCAGAAGAUGUGGGGCGCCAUGAUCAAACAGAAACAGGACCGUCAGACCCACAAGAUGAAGAAGAGCCGGUUGGACAACCUGCCAUCGCUGCAGAUCGAGAUCAGCCGCGACAGCAGCGACGACUCGGACGCCUGAAAGUGAACCAGCAACGGGGAGAAAAACCUAAAAAGUAUCAUAACAUACAGACAUGAAGCUGUCAGACCAGACAGCGAUCUGAGGCCAGUGUAGUGGGUUUUCUUUUAUUGUUUCAUAUUGUGUAGCUGCAGUCCAUGGAUGGAUUAUUGAAGGGGCCCACAGUUUGAAGGGACUGUUAUUCAGCUAAAGUAGAGAUGUUCUGAUCAGAAUCUGCAACCAAACACACAAACUCCAGCCUAAAUUUGGUGUCACAGCAUGAAUUUCUUAUAAACUUUCACCUAACGUCCAGUUUCCUCUUAAGACGCUGCAGUAUUUGAACUAACAGUAGCACCUGAGAACUCUGGUCAAUCAUAAUGACACAAAGUGACCACAAAGCGACAGACUUAAAAUGACUAAAGUGACUUGAAACUGACCACAAAGCAGCCAAAAAUUGGGUGAAUUCCCACAAUUACGCGCCAAAUCCCAAAACUCAGCAUAUUGCUUGUACACCUUUUGUACAAUAUAACAUGUUGCUUGUUUGUAUGUGGGCGUGGCCUUUGUCUCAUAAUCCAUCCAGGUUCCUGUCGAUAAAUAUUGAAUAUCUGUGCCGAUAACAGCCAAAAAAACAAAACAAAAAAAACAACAGCUCACAAGUAUUCUUGUCAGGAUGUAGCAGAGCAUCAUCGGAAGUCUUGCCUGAAACCCAGUCAGAUUUACUCCUCUCACUAAGUUUCCACACAGCUGCUCUGUGAAUCAUCAGUGCAUCAUUCCUAUGUUACUGUGGCGGUGUCGGACACCAGCUCGGACUGUGCGCUCGCAGAAAUGGACCCUCAACCCUGGUGGUCGUAUCGAUGCCUCACUCGGGACCAACGCUUUUUAGCGUUUCAACGUCUGGCAGCAGCUCAGUACAAAACUUCAUUUACAAAAUGUUUUUUAUCGGCCCCCGUCAGUCAGAGCAGAGCGGCGAUGUUGGCUCAUGUCUUCCCCGUGGAGGGCGAAGGAAGGACGGAGACAGAAAAGACACGAGGAUCAAUAAAAGAGCCACAGUAAGAGUAAUGAAAACAAACCGGACUCCACCUGAAACUUAAUUUUUCUCCUCCAGUCGUCUUGACAUUUCUCUUCGUGUUGUGAAGAAACAGACUCUUAAAAAAAAAAGAGACAAAAAGAGUGACUGGUGUGUGUGUGUGAUUAUUUUCUGAUGGUAAAUCUAAAUGUGGGACAUUUUCGUACAUUUUUUUUAAAUCACCAUCUGUGUGUGCAUCUGUUAUCGAGCAGUUUCCUUCAGACUGCUUCCCGUCUGUGUGGACAGAAACGUUGUAUUUUACUUCCUACAGUUUCAGAGUCCACUCUCAUGAUUUCUGUUAUUUUGUCUGUUCAAUUUUCUUUUUUUUUAAAGUCAGGAGACAUCACUGCUGGUCAAAUGAUUAAAAUGUUGGCUGAUGAUUUUACACGUCUGCGAUUUCCUUUUCAGUGUGAACAGGUCAUCUAAACAUGUGAAAGUGACAUUUAUUUGUCCACAUGUACAGCAAAUAAAGCUGCCACUUAUCAGUGAACAAUCGCUUGGA